AUGAAAUUCUUCAACAUCAUUGCAGUUCUCUCUGCUUCAAUUGCAUCAAUUUCUGCUUAUGAAACCACAGGGAAAGAAACAGUUGACAUUUUAGUCGAUUACAAUAUCAAAGAAACUCCAGAAGUUUCGAAAAAUGACGUGGCCAGUUGGACAAAUGGCGAACAAAUCACCCUCCAAUACACGCUCAACAACAACGAAGAGACAGAUGUCACGGUCAUUGGCGUCACUGGCCAAUUCUUGAACCCAGUCACGAGACAAGUAGUCACCAAUUUAACUCAAGGAAGAAUCGAGCCAGUCGCCGUUGCUCCUGGCAAAUCAGUCCGUUUUGAACAAUCCAUCAAUGUCAAUUUGGUUCCAAACAACUAUGAAUUGGUGCCCCAAGUGUUUAUCGUGCAAGGUGAUCUCGUAAAGCUCAUUCCAUGCCGUGGUCAAUUGGCUUCUGUUCUCGACAAGGCUAUCUCCUUCUUUGACCCAAGAUUGAUCUUUUUGGAAGUUGUGUUGUUGGCAACAUUUGGUGGGUUGCUCUACUUGGCUUAUCAAGUGUGGGGAAAGAGUUAUGUUCAAGGAACUGCUCCAGUCAAGGUCAAAAAGAGUGUUAGAUCUCCUUCACCUGUUGUUUCUUCCUCUGCUGGCUCUUCUACUGGUGCCGGAUACGAUGUCAAUUGGAUCCCAGAAGGUCAUUUGAAACAAAAGAGAACCAAAAAGGUUGCAUAA